UGUUAUGCUGGUAAAAUUCCUUGAGCAGGUUUGACGAAAUGUCUUAGUGUGUCGGUCGAUAGAUAAUUUCAUAAGAAAUUUUAAUUUUAUAUCAAUUAAUAACAACAAUCUUCGUCGCGCUAAAACUAGUUCCAAAAUGUUAUCUAUUGUUGUGUGCCGCAUUAAAUUCAAAAAAUUAUUUUUUCCUCAUAUCAGGCAUAUUUUUCGUUAAUGCGCAUAAUCCGGACCGAACAAAAUCCACAUUUUAUACGAGAUAGAGAAACCACACCACACCGUUUAUACGAACUUCUCUUUCGUCAACAACAACAAGACACUCAUAAUAACAACACACAAAAAUUUCAACGUCGAACUAUAUACUGCCAUUAAUCCGAACCAUGCAGUCAUUUAGUUCCAGUUCCAUAUCAACCAUCGUCACAGACAUAUCACAAAAAUUCUUUCCUGCUCUUUAAUAUUAAUAUAUCGUAAAAGACACCACACGAAAAAAAGUCCAUUCAAGUUUACAAACAACUGAAUUGAAGAAGAAGGGAAAAAAUUGGCAUUUCGUGGUUUUCGUAUCUUAUCAGACACCGUCAACAGUGAUAAUAUAGCAAUUGUUUAAUUUCAUGAAUUAAAUUCAAAUUUAAAUUGGGUUAUAGUAAACUCGACUAAUUUGUACAUAAUUUUUAUAGCAUAAAGCAGUAUACCCGUACGAUUACAGUGAAUGAAACGGAACGUUAAAACUAGGAAAAACCAAAAUAAAUAGAAAAAAAAAAUCUUUUUUAUGUGACUGUAACUUAUAUACAUAUUUGAGGUGGACUAUGAGGGGUAUAUUAUCAUUCUGUGUGUAUUUUAUGUCGGUGAAAAGUGUUUAGCGCGCGUUUAUCAUUCGCCGAUACGAGAAGAGAGAUAGAUUUUCAGUUUUUUGUUGUGUGUUCGGAUCGAAUCGAAUAAAUCAGUGCGUAUUGUCACAGGUCAAGAUUGAUAUAUUUAAAUUUCCGAAAUCAUGUCGAGUGAUAGCAGUGCAUUGCUAUCAAGUGAUAAUGUGGAAAAUGGUGCAUCGAAUGAAAAUAGUUCGGAUUGUCGGCCGUGUGAUCCGUUAAAAAUUUUGAAAUUUGUAGAAUGUUUGUCGGCUACAACGAAUUCCAUUGAAAUGCAGAUUUUGGUGAAUAAAUAUCUGCAAGAGUUGACUAGCUCACCGUACGUCUUCUUGAUACCACUUUUUCCAUCCAGUGAAGAGGGAUUAAUUCAAGUGGUCGGCGAUCGAAAGCUCGAUAAGGAAAUACGCUUUUCGAUACCACAAGAAGAGACCAAAGAAUCAGCCGCAGAUGUUGGAUUCAAUGUUACCAUCAAGCAACCAAGUGACGAUUUGGCUGAGAUUAUUGAAAUGGUCGUCGGUAAGGAAAAUAGCACCCUCAUCUUUGAAAUACAAAACACAAAAAUCACAUCAUCGAGUACCGUUCAACAGAAUUCGCUGUACGUUUGCAUAGCUGGUGAUGACGAGAAACAAUCAACAUUUUCGUACUAUUUGAAUGAAACAUUCCGCUACAUUUCGGGUCAUUUGCAAUCAUCGUUUGACCUAUUUGAGGAGAAACUUGUGCGUACACAAUGCCAAAAUUUACUGCAGGUCGCCAGACGGCUAUUGAGCAAAAUUGGCGAUCUUGGUCAACUGUUACGCGGUGUUAUGGCAGAAGCCAAAUUCAUGACCGGUGCCGAACGUUGUUCACUCUUUCUAAUCGACGAAUAUACAGGCGAAUUGGUGUCGAAAGUAUUCGAUGGAGACGAGGCAACAUCCGAGAUCCGUAUCGAACAAGGUAAAGGCAUAGCUGGACAUGUGAUCAAAACUGGCAAACUGUUGAACAUACGCAACGCCUAUCAACAUCCGCUCUUUUAUAAAGGUGUUGACGAACAAACUGGAUUUAAGACGAGGAAUAUUUUAUGUUUUCCGAUUUGUGACGAAGAGAAUAUCAUCGGAGUGGCACAGUUAUGCAAUAAGUUGGGAGCUUUUCACUUUGACAAAUGCGAUGAACAAAUCGCUACCGCCUUUUCCAUCUACUGUGGCAUUAGCAUCAUGCAUUCCUUAGUCCACAAACAAGUACAAAAGGCUGAAGCUCGACACAAGCUGUCGCAGGAAUUGUUGAUUUAUCACAUGAAAGUGCCUGAGGAUGACGUGGUUAGAUUACAGAAGAAUAUGUCGCAAGAAGAAUUGGACAUUCCAAAUUUCUCGACGCUUGGCUUCAAUGCACGCGAAAUCGAUCGCUCCGUUACCUUGCAGUUGUCGAUGCGAAUGUUCAUCGAUCUGAAUUUUGUGUCGACAUUUAAAAUUCCUGAAGAUAAGCUCGCUCGAUUUUUGUUAAUCGUGCAGAAAGGCUACCGCGAGACGAUACCAUAUCACAAUUGGACGCAUGCCUUCUCUGUGGCACACUCGGCCUACACUUUGCUAAUGAAUCUGAAUUUGGUCGAACUGGGAAUAUUGACGGACCUUCAAGCAUUGUCAAUGUUGAUUGCCUGUUUUUGCCACGACCUAGAUCACAGGGGUACUAACAACUCCUUCCAAAUGGAAAUUAAAAGUCCACUGGCUAAACUGUACAGUUCGGAGGGAAGUGUAAAUGAACGACACCAUUUGUCCCAGGCAAUUUGUAUAUUAAACGAAGAGAACUGCAAAAUUCUAGACAGUUUAAGCACCGAGCAAUUCAAAACAUGCAUCGACGAUCUACGCAAAUUGAUAUUGGCCACAGAUCUUGCCAAUCAUUUUAGAAUUUUGAAGGACCUACAGGCGCUAGACUCAACCAAUUUGAAAGACAAUCAAAUGCUACUAAUGUGUCUGCUAAUGACUUGUUGUGACCUCAGUGAUCAAGUGCGAUCAUUUCCCACGUCUCGAGAUGUUGCGCAUCUCGUCUAUUCGGAAUUCUUUGCUCAAGGCGAUCUGGAAAAACAAAUGGGCCUGGCACCCAAUCAAAUGAUGGACCGACAAAAUGCCUGCAUACCCGAACUUCAACUCGAGUUCAUCGGUACGGUGGUGCGACCGACAUUUGAAAUUCUAUACAAUCUCUUUCCGGAGACAGAGCUCUUUGUGACGAACAUCGAUGAAAAUCGUAGGCAAUGGGAAGCGAUACGCAGUACGUUUACGAAUUGCAACAAAGACAAUUUGGAGGAGGAAAACUGAAUAUUCUAAAUAUGGACCAAUUUGACCAAAAAAAUGUUUGUGAAACAGUUCUAAUAGUAUUCUAAAUACAAAAAAAUCUUUAAGCAAUUUAUUUACACCACAGAAAUGAGAUGAAAAAACAAAAGGUUCCAUGAGUAGAACAACGAAAGCUUUAUUUUUGUCUAAGUCGAUAGUUUCGGAAGCCGUGCUGCUGCAUGCAUGUUAAUUGAAACGAAAAGCAAUUCUGCCCUGCGACGCAUAACAAACUUACUUGCUUUCUCGCCAAUAGCUACUGGUGAACCAACCAGAUUUUCUUAAAAAUUCAAUAUUUUGUUUCGCCUUAUCAAUACCAUUCAUUUGACACAUCGCACACCAACGCGAAAACAUCUAGAGAUACACAAUGCUUGAAAAACAGGCAAAACGAAACAUAGCCCAGUCUUUCCCGUCGGAAAAUAGCGGGAAACAGGCAAAUACGCCGACUGUUUUGAGACCCCAACAUAAAAAAAAUGUGAGUUUUACGUUGUUUAUCUCUGCGUUGAGUGUCCACCUAACUUUCUGCCGUAAAAAAGUUAUCGAAACAGCCACGGAAGUUUGGAGUCAAGUUCCAUGAACAGUGUUUUUUUGUUGCUUUUUUCAGCAUAUCCCUGGAUGUUUUCAUGUCAAAUGGAAGGUGCGGAUGAGACAAAACAAAAUAUUUAAUUUAAAAAAAAUCAGGUUUGUACAACAGUAGCUAUGGGGCGAGGAAGCAAGUAAAACUGUAUAUUCUCCUACUUUUCCUGUUUUCCCGCACCUCCCACUGCAAAAGAGAUGCACGAUCUUGUCACAGAAUUUCAUAUGUUUAAUCUAUCAAAAUCUUGCAUCUCUUUUGCACUAAAAUUUUAUGCGUUGCAUGGCAGAAUUGUAGGA